CCCCUGUGAGAGCGCAGCCUUCAGUGUAGGGAACCCCGGCUGCUCCAAACAGAGGGCUAUAGCCACGCUGGCCUCAGUUUCCCCUCGGGAGGGAGACUUGCUCUCUGUGGGGUCAGGACUGGUUUCAAAGGUGGGGACCAGAGAGCUCAGAGGGGCUGGGCUCCCUCCCUGCAGAGAAUGAACUGGGCCUAGUGGGAAUGCCUGGAUCCCAGCAAAGUGGAGCAGGAGGGUAAGAGUUCAAGGCCAGGGCAGGGUCCACGGGACCCUGUUUCAAAAAAGACGAGAAAAGUCCUUGGACCGGAUCCUGCUGGUCCUCAGGUCAUGUGACCCUCAGGCCAGCAGGCUGGGGGAGAGGUGCUCUGGUUGGCCAUGCUGAGUCCUCUCCCUGAGUUGGGACCGGAGGGGCCCUGCCGCCCUGAGGUGGAGCUCGGCUUUCUGUGCCCUCCCACACCCUUCCUUUUCCUGUCCCCAACUCUCCAGUUGGUGACAAACAGCCCAUGAUUCUGAAGUGGCGGAUCCUGUCAGCCACCAACGACCUGGACCGUGUCUCAGCCGUGGCACUGCCUAAACUGCCCAUCUCACUCACCAACACUGACCUCAAGGUGGCCAGUGACACCCAGUUCUACCCCGGCCUCGGCCUGGCGCUGGCCUUCCAGGACGGCAGCGUGCACAUGGUACAUCGGCUCUCACUGCAGACCAUGGCGGUGCUCUACAGCUCAGCCCCGCGCUCACUGGAUGAGCCGGCCCUGAAGCGCCCGCGCACCACAGGCCCGGCCGUCCACUUCAAAGCCAUGCAGCUGUCCUGGACGUCACUGGCCCUGGUGGGCAUCGACAACCAUGGGAAGCUCAGCAUGCUGCGCAUCUCUCCCUCCCUGGGCCACCCGCUGGAGCCCAAGCUGGCCCUGCAGCACCUGCUGUUUCUGCUGGAAUACUGCAUGGUGACCGGCUACGACUGGUGGGACAUCCUGCUGCACGUGCAGCCCGGCAUGGUGCAGAGCCUGGUGGAGCGGCUGCAUGAGGAGUACACGCGGCAGAAGCCCGCCCUCCAGCAGGUCCUCUCCACCCGGAUCCUGGCCAUGAAGGCCUCGCUGUGCAAACUGUCGCCCUGCACGGUGGCCCGCGUGUGUGACUACCACACCAAGCUGUUCCUCAUGGCCAUCACAUCCACUCUCAAGUCCCUGCUGCGCCCACACUUUCUCAACACCCCUGACAAGAGCCCCGGGGACCGCCUGGCUGAGAUAUGCGCCAAGAUCACUGACGUUGACAUUGACAAGGUCAUGAUCAACCUGAAGACAGAGGAGUUUGUCCUGGACAUGAACACUCUGCAGGCCCUGCAGCAGCUGCUUCAGUGGGUGGGGGACUUCGUGCUCUACCUCCUGGCCAGCCUGCCCAACCAGGGCUCCCCGCUGAGGCCAGGGCACAGCUUCCUCCGGGACGGUACCUCCCUGGGCAUGCUGCGAGAGUUGAUGGUUGUCAUCCGCAUCUGGGGCCUGCUGAAGCCCAGCUGCCUGCCGGUCUACACAGCCACCUCGGACACCCAGGACAGCAUGUCCCUGCUCUUUCGGCUGCUCACCAAGCUGUGGAUCUGCUGCCGUGACGAGGGCCCAGCCAGUGACCCCGACGAGGGCUUGGUGGAUGAGUGCUGCCUGCUGCCCAGCCAGCUGCUGGUCCCCAACCUGGACUGGCUUCCUGUCAGCGACGGCCUGGUCAGCCGCCUGCAGCCCAAACAGCCCCUGCGCCUGCGCUUCGGCAGGGCGCCCACUCUGCCAAGCAGCACCUCCACCCUGCAGCUGGACGGCCUCGCCAGGGCCCCUGGCCAGCCCAAGAUUGACCACCUGCGGAGGCUGCACCUGGGUGCUUACCCGACUGAGGAAUGCAAAGCUUGCACCAGGUGUGGCUGCGUCACCAUGCUCAAGUCUCCCAACAAGACGACCGCCGUGAAGCAGUGGGAGCAGCGGUGGAUCAAGAACUGCCUGUGUGGGGGGCUGUGGCGGAGGGUGCCCCUCAGUCGUCCCUGAGACAGCGCCCCUCGGCCGACCCCGAGACAGCGCCCCUCGGCCGACCCCGAGACACAGCCAUGCUCUGAGCAGACACAGGGGGCCUUCUGUGAUGGAACAUUGUGUCCUCAGCCAGCCGCCCCGGGUCUGUCCCUCUGGGGACACAAGGCAUGUGCCACCUUCAGGGCCUAACAUCCCAUGGUCACACCCAGGCCAUCUUGAAGGAGCUGGGCUGUGUGUCCACCCUUCAAAAGGGCCACAGUCCAUAUGCCCCUGUCCAGGUUGGGGUUGUCUCCCUCAGUUUCCCUUUGGGGACUGUGGGCGUGGAGGGCGGGCCCAAUAAAGUUCUCCUGCACUGCC